AUGGAAUCCCUCGAAAGCACCCUCCGCCAAUUCCUCACCCCCAUAACCCAAAACCUGCCCACGCCCAUAACAAACCUCGCAACCCAACUCCUCGGCGACUCCUGCUCCCGCUCUCUAAUCCACAACCUCACAAUCACCGACACAGUCUGCCUCAAACUCGCCAUCUCCAAAGCCCUCGGAAUCGCAAUAAUCGCCGCCUCAUCCAUCGUGAAAAUCCCCCAACUCCUCAAACUCCUCAACUCGCAAUCCGCCGAAGGGAUCUCUUUCCUUUCCUACUUGUUAGAGACGUCGUCCUACCUCAUCACGCUGGUCUACAACAUCCGCAACGAAUUCCCGUUCAGCACGUACGGAGAAAUCGCAUUGAUCGCGAUUCAGAAUGUUGCGAUUUCUGUGCUGGUGUUGCAGUACUCUGGGAAAGGAGCUGGGGCAGGCGUGUUUGUUGCAGGAUUAGUCGCGGCGGGAUAUGGAUUGUUGAAUGAACAGGUGGUGGAUGGGAAGAUGUUGGCGUAUUUUCAGGCUGGGGCGGGAAUUUUGGGGGUUGCGAGUAAAUUGCCUCAGAUUGUGACGAUUGCGAUGGAGGGCGGGACGGGACAGUUGAGUGCUUUUGCGGUGAGUUUAUUUUUGUUUGUGUGUACGUUUACUGACGCGAAUUUUUGGGUCCAGGUCUUCAAUUACCUCGCAGGCUCGCUCGCUCGUGUAUUCACGACUCUCCAAGAGGUGGACGAUAAACUCAUUUUGUACGGUUUCUUAGCCGGUUUCUCGCUCAAUCUUGUGCUGGCUCUUCAGAUGGUCUACUACUGGAACUCAUCAAGUAGCAAGGCCACAACCCAGACCAAGCUGGAGCCAAAAGGCAAAGCUGCCAUUUCUCAAGCUACAGGUGCAAUCAAGGCCAGUGGAUCAGAAAAGCCCAGAAACUCGCCUUCUACCAGGCGCCGUGGAUAG